CUCAUUUGUUCUUGGACCUGAAGUUUCACGAUGCAAGCUGUACCUGCUGCGAGAAGAGUGAGUGGGUGAGAGUUAAGUGAGUUCCAGUUAAGUUAGUGACUUGCUUUAACUUUACUGUUAGAACAGCCACUGCGCGCAGAGAGAGAGAGAGAGAGACACACACAGAGAGACAGACAGAGUGAGUGAGUGACUGACUGACUGGGUGCUAACAGGUGAAUUCCUUCUCGGCCCGAUCCACAAGAAACCGACUGAAAUGGACCCUCUGGAGGAAGCAAAACAUAUCAAAAACAUCGCCGUGUUGUCAAAGGAAGCAACUAUCGAAUAUGAGGAACUCAUCAAGGAAAAUGAGCAGGUGAAGAAUGAGAACGCAAGAUUGCUUCAAGACAAACAUGAAGCUUUACAGAAAGUCAAAGAGUUUCACAGAGUUUCACAAUUGGUGGUCGAGGAAGUUAGCGCUAUGCAAAAUCACCUGGAGAUUGAGAAGAGUUGCCGCGAAAAUGCAGAGGUGUUGGCCACAAAGUUGAACAAAGACAACAAGAAUCUGAAAAGGAUCAGCGCGAUGUACAUGGCGCAGCUGGGAAAAGAGGUUGUGCCUUUGGACCUGACUUCGGAUGAGGACUCUGAUGUGAACACGUCAUCGGACAAGGAGUCAAGAUGUGUAUCUGAGGAAUGCCAAAAGCAGAUCAGCGAACUUCGGGACAAGCUGGUGUCCAUCCUGGAGGAAAAGAAGGAACUUUCUUUUCAACUAGAAAAUUUGAAAAGCCAUUGGGAAGACAUGAACGAAAAACUACAAGAGGAAAAAGAGAGAAAUACUGCUUUGACUACUAAAGCUGUGGAACAAAAUGAAGUUCUGUCCAAAUACAAUAAAGUGUCUGCAUUGGCUGUGGAGGAGUAUGAAGACAUGGAACAAAGCUUGGAGCUGGAGAAAGACCUUCGCAAUAAGGCAGAGUCCUUCGCACACGAGAUGCUUGUUGAGCAAAAGAAACUUAAAAGGCAAAGUCAGUUCCUGAUGGAAAAAAUCGUGCCGAGUGAGCAGCUCUUGGAAGCACUGCGUGAGGUUGUUGUUCUGACUGGGACCAUCGAGAAUGAAAGAAUUCGACACAAACAGGAGAUGGAGGAUAAGGAAGAACAGUUAAAAAACUUACCAAUGAAGAAGGAGAUGAUCGCUCUGCUGAAAAGGCUGGACCUUUUGGAGGAAGACAAGAAAGAACUCGAGUUAAAAUGCAAAAUCUCUGAGCAGAGAGGGAACGAUCUGAAACAUACCAUUGACGAAUUGCAGAAGCAAAUCCACCUCGCAGCCAACCCACAGCCUCCGCCUCCUCCACCACCACCUCCGCUCCCACCUCCUUCGACCACAACUUCAAAUCCACUCAAAAAUCUUAUGGCGUUGGUUUAUAAAAGGCAACAGGCUUCCCGAUCAUACAAUGUGUCUGGUACUGAAAAGGACUCUUCAAAUACAUUGGGAGGCAGUUUGGAGGACUUGAAGCAACAAGCAGUCGAUGAAAUGAUGGAACGAAUUAAGAAGGGGGUUAACCUUAGGAAAGUUAAGCACACGGACAGGCCUCCCGUGUUCAUGCGCAAGUCUCAGGAAAGUGCUGUACAGGAGCUCAAAGGAAUGUUGAAAUCGAGUAAAGCUGGAACGUUGACAACUGUUAAAGAGGUCACAGAGGAAAAUGAACUGGAGAGGAUUCUGCGGGUCAGGAAAGCAUCGACAGAGAAUAACGUCAAUCACGGUUCAUCACGUGGAACAAUGGGAAUGAUGUCCCAGUCUAUGCCCACCUUAAACACGGGAAACGAAUUCAUUAGAAAGGGGUUUAAUCGCACCCAUUUGAAGAGGGAGCUGAGCAAGAAUGCGAACCCCAAAACGCCUCUUCCCAAUUCAGGUCCAAGUCAAGAGGAAGGAGAUGACUGCUCAAGCCUUAACAAUCUAACCUGCAUGUAUGAAGUAAAGAAAAAAAGAGAACUAGGCAGGAUGAGAUUUAGCUAAAAGUACCAAUGAAGAAAUCCUUUUCAAUCCAAUCACCCCGAUUCCAGGCAGCCAACAAUAUAGUGACCAGCAAAUUGCGGAUUACGGUACUUAGCAAACUGUUGAAAAACAAUUACUUAAGGCCAAAUUGGCUAAUUAGAGGAAUCAAAUUAUUGUCUUGGAUGAAUCUUUUCUAAGUUUCUACGUGUAUUUCAUUAUAUAUCUAUAUCAACUGUGAGAUUGUGUUUAACAUUUUAAGAAUAGAGCAUCUAUUUCUGAAAACUGCAAGAAAUUUAAACAAUGUACAAUGCUAAAAAUCAACUGCAGUGCACUUUCAGUUUUUAAGAUUAAAUGAUGCUUAAUAAACUCCUGCUAUAUAUUAGAAUAUCCCAUGAGAAAAGUAUAUAAAUGAAUCAGAUGCUUAAAUAUAUUUCGUUUGAAUUUGUGUGCAAAACAACGAUUGUAUGGUAUGCUCAGAAUUAAUGAUUUUAUGCUUGAGCAAUGGGUUAAUCUUUGUUCCGCUUUUUGUAGGUCUUUGUGCAAAAUAAUUGCAUAUUCAUUUUAAUUUUCGAUUAAAGAAUAAUGAUGUUAUCUCAUAGACAUACUGGGAUCCAACAGACUCCCAUUGCAAAAAAAAAGGUAUCUUAUAAACAAGUAGUGAAAAGAGAAAUUAUUUUAGUGAUCAAAGCAUGAUAGAUCCCAUUUUCUUUUGCUCUCAAUCACCCGAAUGUGUUGUCACAUUGUGUUAAUUCAAAUACCGUGUUAUUCCUUUCUAAUUUAGCUAAUAACCUUGUCAAAAUAAAAUUUUAUAUAAUGCUCCUU